UGGGAAUUUGAGGAUUUUGUGUGACGAUUUCAAGGUUUGCUCGCCUACAUCAUUUCCUUAGUGCGAGCGGUUCGCCUGUCGUUGCUUGCUAGCACUCGUUCCUCCUGGAGUCCUCGGAGUCACUUCAGUAGUCCCAUUCACUUCAGUGGUCUCAUUCUCCUCCAUUCUUACCGUCGCUUGCAAAUCCACAACCUUCUCCUGGUAGUUAAAGCAUAGUUCCUAGUCUCCGGCAAUGGAGGCGAGCUGCAUACUCCCCAGUCACUGUGCUGGCCCAUCAACUAGCACAGUGACGGUCUCCAGAGCCGUCAGGACACAGGCUGCUUUAAGGACUGUAAGCGUCUCAAAGUUCGCUGGCACUGCGAGGUCGAGUCACGGCAAUGCAUCGUCCACGUCUGCACUAGGUGGUAACCACAUGUCUCCGAGCCGCUGUAGGCUUAUGGCUGUUCGAUCAUCGAUGCCAGACUUAACCGCUAAAAACGUUAGCGCUUCACGGCCGUUCGUUUUUCUAAGAUCAACGGUGGCCACUGCGGUGGCUGCUGUCGUAUCCGUUGCUUCAGCGUUGCGAGACGCGGCAGAAGCAGCCUCAAUAAGCGUACAAGACGGCGGUCAGCAAAGACAAACGGAGGAGGAACGGCUAGAAGCGACGUUUUUCGACAGUGUCCGAUGCAGAGCAUCACCCUCGCUAUUGUCACUCGCGGCUGUUUCAGCAGUGCCGCUGUCAAUCCCCAUCAAGAGCACCCUGACGACCUUCGUAUCUGACCUCCGAGCAAACCCCACCUUCAUGUCGGCUCUUAUUGCGUGGGGUCUCGCACAAAUCCUCAAGGUUUUCACAAAUCUUUAUUACAAAAAAAAGUUUGACAUCAGGAUGGUUGUGUCAUCAGGCGGCAUGCCCUCCUCCCACACCGCCCUGUGCGUCGCCGUCACCACCUCCGUCGCCCUGCUGCACGGCGUGGGGGGGCCGCUGUUCCCCGUCUGCCUGGCCUUCUCCCUCAUCAUUAUGUAUGACGCCACCAACGUGCGCUACCACGCGGGGGUGCAAGCAGAGGUUCUAAAUGUGGUGGUAGAGGAAAUGCUUGAGGGCCAUCCAAUCAGUGAGAAGAAGCUGAAGGAGCUCCUGGGACACACCCCUCUACAGGUGGUUGGGGGCUUCAUCCUUGGUGUCGUCACAGCUAUCAUCUAUCAUGUCAAGACAGGGCAAUUGCAUGGUUGGACUUGAGGAGGGGAAGGAGGGGAGAUGUAUGGAAUUGACACUAGUCUGGGGAAGGUCGUCUGACACUACCCCUCGAUGUCAGAAUUGUUUAGCUAGGUACUUGCGCCUUCGAGGUUUUCCUCGCGUUUGUGAACUCGUUUGUCCAGCUAGCGCUACUCAUGUUUAGAAGUCUCUCAUUUUGUGGAUAUUAGCUGGUGAAGUUCUUGUAA